AUGGGCUCUGUUUCAGACUCGUGGCGCAGACUUUCUGUCGGGAUAUGUGGUGGUGGGAUAGGCGGCAUGUCCGCUGCGAUUGCCCUCCGUCGAGCUGGCCAUGAUGUAACCAUUUACGAGAAACACGACUUUGCCGGAGAAGUAGGCGCCUCGGUAUCCUGUGCCGCAAAUGGCACGCGGUGGCUUCACGAAUGGAAUGUGGAUGUUGCAAAGGGAGACCCGGUUGUCCUCAAGAAGCUUAUCAAUCGUGACUGGAAGACCGGCGAGCCUGUCAGCGUAUACGAUCUUGACGACUACGAGGAGAGAUGGGGAUAUGUGUACAAUAUGUUCCACCGGCAGUACAUGCACUCGAUGCUGAAAGACACUGCGCUACAAGAAGAAGGAGACGGUGUGCCGGCAGUCUUGAAGGUCAAUCAUUCGUGUGAAGACAUCGACCUUCAGACAGGGACGAUCAGAUUUCGUAACGGCGUUACUGCACAACAUGAUGUGAUCAUUGGUGCUGAUGGUAUUGGUUCAGUCGUCCGUGGAAUUAUCGGAAUCCAACCAGCGAAGACCCCAUCGGACUCAAGUUGUUUACAUGCAAAUGUUACAACGGAAGAAGCUGUGAAACUUGGACUAGUCGAUUACUCGCAGGACAGCGCUUUGGAGUACUGGGGUGGUCAAGAGGGCAAGUGGGACAAGAUCGUGUUGUCUCCUUGUAACGGUGGCAAACUAUUGUCGUACUACUGCUUUUUUCCCCGGGACAAGGGUGACUAUUCCAACCAGACAUGGGGAGGUGCGGAUAGACCUGUCGAAGAGCUGCUGGCGCCAUACCCUGAGUUGGACUCCCAAGUCCUCGACCAUCUCAAGAUUGGCAAGGAGAUUCGGCCAUGGCGGCUGUGGGUACAUAAGCCUUAUCCCUACAUCCACAAGAGCAUGGUCUGUCUUUUGGGAGACGCUGGACAUCCGAUGAUGCCUCACCAGUCACAAGGUGCCUGCAUGGGCAUUGAAGACGCAGCGGCUCUGGGGAUUAUUUUCAGCAAGAAAUAUUUCAAAGGAGACAUUUACGAAGCGCUCGCGGUCUAUGACCAGGUACGACUGCCACGAGCAACGAGAGUGCAGGCAGCAGCUGCAAAGGCCGCAUACAAUAUCAACGAGCGAAUUGGUUUCUCGAACAACAAAAACAUUGCGACCUACAAAGUAGAAGAUGAAAAGAAGAAACUCACGAUAGAAGAAAUGAAUGCAUAUGAUAUGUACCACGACAUUGAACAAAAACUGGCUGCCGUACGAGGCGAGAAGUACGAGGGGAAAUGGCUGGACGGACUGCCGAUUGGAUUGGAGCUUCCGAAUGGUGUCGUUAUCGGGGCCUGA